AUGACUCAAAAGAGGAUGAACAGUGGUAUUCUUUGGAGAAUAAGCAUCAAAAUAAGCAUAGAAAAGUGCUUUGAAAGAAGUAAACAUUUACAAUAGAAUGAAAUGAUAGUAAAGAGAUAUAUGAAUAAAGAUGAUAUUUAUCUGCAUGCUACUAUUUAUGAAUCAGCCUCAACAAUAAUAAAGAAUCCUAAGGAAGUGCUUAAUCCUGAAUCAACUAUUAUGAAAGCAGCUGCUGCUACAAUUUGCAGAUCUAAAUCUUGGGAUGCUAAAAUUGUUGUUUCUGGGUGGUGGGUACAUGUAUCUUAAGUUAAUAAAGGCGUACCUUUAGGUAUGAAUUUAUCAUCUGGGUCUUUUUUGAUUUAUGGAAAAAAGAAUUUUAUUUAUCCUCCUAUAUUAGAAAUGGGUUGUACUAUUUUAUAUCAAAUGUAUUAAGAAAGAAUUGAAAGACAUGAAGAAGAAAGAAAGAAUAAAUUAAGAGAAGAAUAAUCUUAAGUUGAAGAUUCUGAAUAAAAUGAAUCAAAAAUGAUAAUAAAGAUGAAUUACUUGAUCUUUCAAAAAAUGACUAUGAAUAAGGUGAUAAAGAAUAUACUAUUUUUGAAGUCAAUCCUAAUGCUAAAAUUAUAUAAUAAAGAAAUGAUAAAAAAUAAAAAGAAUCCUAAUAAAAUUAAUAAACUUAAUAAUCAUAUCUAAAUAUUUAUAAUAAUAAUAAUCUAAAUAGUUAUUAUAUAAAUUAUUAUAAUAAUAAUAAUAACGAAAUUAAUAACAAUAACUAAAAAAAAAAUAUAAAAGGUUCUGCAAAAUGAUCGUUCUGAUGAAAAUAAAAAGAAUUUAAAAAAUUCUUAAACUUAACAAUCAAAGCAAAAAUAAUAUAAUGAAAAAGUUAAAGAAAAAUAUGCCAAUUAAUCUGAUGAAGAAAGAAAGUUAAGAUAAAAGCUUAUGGGAGCAACAUAUAUGAAAAAAGAAGUCAAACCAGAUAAAAAAGAAGAAAGAUUAGAAGAAAAAUGA